AUGUCAAUGCAUCAUGUCGUGCUUGUUCGAAUAGCCACCCGAUUCCAUCCGCUGCCACCAAAGCUCUAUGAUGAACUCAUCGAGUUUAUUGUUGAUGUGUCUCAACAUCGUUACCGCACUGACCUUGCUCUUCUGUGGGUAACUGAGCUGUACUCGCAGUAUCAGGGAUUCACUGUAUGUUUCAAUCACGAUUACAUCUCUAACUUUGGCCGAGCACCCAAAAGUGAGCUCUUUGAGAAGUUUGAUACAACUCUAUGCAGUCUUUUGCAAAAACUUAUGGAUAAAGGUCAACACAAAGAGGCGCUGUUUCACAAGCUUUUGUUAGAUUCACCUCUUGUAACGACAAAUGCACUCAAAAUUUUGGAGAAGGCUUGUCUGGAUGAGGUCUAUUGUGCAUUUGGCAUGACCACACUUCGUGAACUUUUACUGACGCGAAACCGACAGCGUGGAGAACUUAUUGACAUGCUGUUUAGAUUGUGCUUCCACGAACGAGCAGAGGUGAAACAACUGUGCGUAGAUACAUUGAAGGAAUUGUGCUCUCUGAAGUACAUGCACCGUGACUUGCGAAUGAAACUCAUUGAGCAGUUGAAUGAGUGCACACUGCCAACACCUCCACCUCAUUUCGUUAGUUAUAGUGUGAGUAUACUCAAAUCUUAGUG